CGCGUUCAUGUUCCUGACCAUCCGACCCGCCGCCACUGGGGGAGCUUCGUCGGACCGCAGGCACGCGGGCCUUCCUGCAGGAGGGUGAGGCUUACAGAUCCCCCAGUUGUGGCUGGUCGGCAUCGCCCCCCUUAACCAGGAGGACCUCCGGGAACCGGAACACGAGGUGCACAUCGAUGUUCGGACGUUUGCGGGCGCAUGCUCUGCCGGCGCCCGGAGCCUCUCUCCGCAGACACGCCGACGGCGAUGCGGGCCACGGCGAAUGCAGGUGUCGGUAUGUGUAGGUGCGGGUGGGUCGUGGCCAGCCCAUUUGUAGGAAAUGCGUACUCGUGUUCUCCUGCAAUUUGUUCUGCGCGAGUUCGGCGUCGCAAAUACCAGUUUCCCAGCAUUGUCCGCCGCCAUCGCUGUUAGCGUGGUCUUGGGUUCUCCGCACCCUCUUGGCAGCGCUGGGAGGGGGGUGCGCGGAUCCAGUGUCCGGCGCCAGCGGAGAAACCGUUCGCGGGCGUCCGAGCGUUUAUGUUUACGUCGAUUUCUGGAUCUCGAACUUCUGGAUGGAUUGGUUCGGGCGUGCCCCCUCGGACCAGUAUGACAUUGUUGUGCACAACGACCAGGGCGGUGACAUCGGAAGGCUGAGGCAGCUAUCUCGGCUGGUGGACCCGCCAACGAAGACUGGUUGGGCCACCAGCGGUCUGGUGCGUGCAACACUGCUGCUGCUGCGGGAGGCUCUUACAAAACCGUCCAACACCCACUUCGUGCUACUCUCGAACUCGGACAUACCGCUUCUUUCUUUCAAGGACUUCUAUGCUGAUGUAACCUGCAGGCCCCUGUCGCGAUUCAGCAGGUUUGGCCUCAACUGGGACGAAAGCCUUGGGAGAGACAUAUGGCAGCCCCCAAAAGGGCCGGAAUGGCAAGGCUGCACUAAGCGUGGAUGCCAUGCGAAGGCUGACCAGUGGGCGAUGUGGACGCGCGCGGAUGCAGUUUUUUUCGCCGAGAAGAAUUUCCUGAAGUUCUUGAAGCCAUGUGUUUUGUUCGUAGACGAGCCGUACUUUAUCCAGCUGAUGCAUCAGCACGACAGGGAGUACGAGAACAGGUGCGUCACGUACACCUCCUGGAAGUUUGGGACCGACUCGCCGGUCAUCUUCGAUGAGGUCGAUCCCGCCACCUCCUCGGAGGCCAGGCGGGGCGGGUGCUGGUUCCUUCGCAAGGUGUCCCGGACCGCCACCCUGACCGCAGACUUCCGGCGCUCCAUCGGCCUGCCCGUGGAGGGCAGGCCGCCUCCCUGAGGAGGCGAGGCGCCGCCCCAGCACCGCGGGCGCCCCGGGGCACAGCACGGGCCCCCAGAAGCCACCGCAGGAGCCACCCCACUCUCCCUCUCUCCUCUCUCCUCUCCUCUCUUCUCCCUGCUUCCUUCCUCCUGCUCUUUCCUCUCUUCUCCCUCCCUCCUCCUCA